UCUGUUGUUAUUUCCCUUAGAAGAAGAAAACGUCAACAAGAAAGAAUGGCAUCUGAUGAAGAUGCAGAUGUUUUUGAAAUAACAGACUUUACAACCGCCUCAGAUUGGGAAAGAUUUAUAGCCAGACUUGAAGAAGUUUUACAUGAAUGGAAAUUAGUGAAUAAUAAACCCAAGCCACCUGCUGCUAAGGAUGAAUUUACUACUGGGGAAUGGUUGGAAAAGACAGAUGACAUAUGUUUUGCUGAUUUUAAGUUUCUUAUAACAUAUCACUAUUUAAAUGUAUCUGGUAGCAAGUCAGAGUCACUAGAUAGACAAAGUCCUGACAAUGAUGUGGAGGAAGAGGAGAAAAAAGAAGAUGAGACGCCAACAGUUCUAACAGAUCUAAUGAGUACAGAUAAUGACUUCCCAUCAAAGGCACAUUGUCUUGUCAGACUGUAUGGUUUACAAGAAUUUAUAGUAAUUACACCAGCAGAUAGGAACAAGGCAAUAGACAGCGAGAGUAGAGCUAAAGUUUUACUCAGUUCUGUAUCAGUGGCACUAACCAAUUCAUCAAGUUCAAUACCUGUGUUUAUACAGAUACAACAGCCCUGGAGACAGAUGUAUUGUGGGACCAGUGUUAUGUCUGAGAUGUCUGUAGAGUUUGAUGUCAUACAUUUGGCUCGUAUACCACAACAGUAUUCGCAUCUAGCUGGUCUUCUUGAUGUCUUUAAGUCAAAACUGGCAACACAAGCGACACCUAGACCAACUGUAGACGUAGCUGUCAGAUUUUCCUAUCAGCUCCAGGAGUGGGUUAACUCCCCUUGGCCACAGGAACCACCAGAUUUAUCAUCUCCUAUGGAAGAUGAAAUUGGUUGUUCUUCUUUCGGUUGUCUUCCCUUUGGUGCAAUUGAGGAUCCUAUCAGUGCUCUACAAUUGUUUUGUUCCUGGUAUAGUCUGUCGGAGGAUAUGAUUGUUGAAAACCAAAAUUAUAGUGAUCUUGAUCCACUUCUAGCACCUCAGUGGACAGCAAAAAUAAAAAAGACUGAAGAUCCACAAUGUUUACUAGGGACUUAUAUACACAAGUUUUUAAAGCACUGUUACAGUAAGGAGACGACAAGAGAUUUGUUGUGGAACAUUUUAUCUGAGGAAGUAGAAAAUGAUGCAUCAGCAGAUAUAAGUCAAGCUUUACACAGACUGACGGAAAACAAAGUUGGUUAUAACAUUCCAUCACUUAGUAAUGUUGUAUCUAAAGCAGGAAGUAGAUUAGCUGUCAAACAGGCAGAGGCACCUAUAUCUCAAGAUACCAUUAGUGACAUACUGUUGUUUUUGUUUCCUGAUGCCAAAGAUCCAUUAGAGAAAGCAAAUGAUGACAGUGAGACAGAAAACACAUGUGAAAAUAACAAUCCUUCAAAGUUUACAGCAUUGUUAGAGUCAUUACCUAAGCGAUUAAAGACAGCACCUACAGAUAGCUUAGUUUACAGAUUAGCUGUGUGUUUUUGUAUAGUGAACAAAAACUAUGGAGGUCUCAAGGGGUUAGCUCAGCUGUGGCAGGAGUUUGUACUGGAAAUGAGGUACAGAUGGGAGAACAAAUAUGAAUUAGAAGGAGUAAGUAAAUCUGCUCCACACUUAGGGUCAUGUCUACUUUAUCAGAAAUUACAGAUGUUAAAUAGUUGUAUAGAUAAAAAGAUUCAGAGAGAAACUCUUUUCAAAGGAUAUACUAGUCAAACCAAUCUAGAUUCAAACUCUUCUGAAAUGGAGGUAGAAAACAAUAGUGAAUCAAAUGGCAAAUGUGAAAGUGAAAAUAAAAAAAGAAAAGAAGGUUGUUCAAAUAAGUUAGACAGAAAAACUAGUGAUAGUUCAGCAGAUGAUGAUGAUGAAUUCUAUGAAUGUCAAGACUCUCCUUCUAAAUCACCAACAGAAUCAGAUAAAGAUGUUGAUGAAAAAGAAGAUUCUAGUGAAACAAUGGACACUUCACAGAGUGAAUCAUCAUCAUUUGUGGACUCGGUGACACAUAAACCUGAAGGACGGCUUUCUGCAUUUAAUGAUAUUCAGUUAUUAAGUACAGGAGAACAGUUAUAUAUACCUGUUACCCAGGAGCCAGCUCCUAUGACAGAAGAUAUGUUAGAAGAACAUGCUGAAAUACUUGCCAAGUUAGGAACUUCUGCAGAAGGGGCACAAUUGAGAGCAAGGAUGCAGAGUGCUUGUCUUAUUUCUGAUAUGGAGUCUUUCAAAGCAGCUAAUCCAGGUUGUGUUUUAGAAGAUUUUGUAAGGUGGUACUCACCUAGAGACUGGAUAGAGGAUGAAUCUACAACAUCUAAUGAUAAUACACAGACAAAACCUAAAGGUUAUUUAAGUCCAAGAAUGCAAAUACCAGGGAAUGUAUGGUACGAAGCAUGGCAAAGUGCAAAGCCAGUUCCAGCUCAUAGACAGAAAAGAUUAUUUGAUGACACAAAGGAAGCUGAAAAGGUAUUACAUUUCCUGUCUGCCAUGAAACCAGCUGAUGUUAUUUUACAAUUAAUGCCAUGUUUGAUUCAUGCUGCAAUUAUAAAGGUUGUAGAAAAUGAUGAUUCAGAUAUACCCAGAUUGAAGGACAUUUUAGACCAAGUGAUAACUAGAGCUUCCAAAGUGACGAGGGCAUUUAACCAAAAUGCUAAACAUUAUGAGGAUUUACUAAGAAUGAUUACAACACUUGAAAAUAUGAUUGCUCAAGCAAAAUCCUUAAGGACAAAGUUCACAACAGACUUGUUGAAGGAUUGCGAUAAAGAAGAAGAGUUGUCUCAGUUUUUGACGCAAUUACUACAGAAACCAGAAGUAGAUAUAGAAGGAGCUUCACAAGGAACAGUAGGAUCAUGCUUGCAUCAGUUGUUUAUUGCUCAGCAAAAGGAAGUAAACAUGAUUGGAGAAGAAGAGAGUUUAUCAGAAAACAAAAAUAGUGCAAUAUCAGACUUUCCACAACCCUCAGCCAGAGAAUAUAUUCUAAGAACAAUGGCUCCACGGCCUGCUCCAUACUCAAAAACAUUGCCGCAGAAAAUGUUUUGUAGUAUAAUGGUUGGUCAUCAUUUUCAGUUAGCUGGAGCUUUCACUUCGGAUUCUCUGUUUCAGUGAUUUAUGUCAAUUUUAGGAUUUUUAAAUUGUUAAGUCUACAAAAAAUAUGUUGUUAUGUCUUUCUGCUAUUUAUUGAACUAAAAAUAAAAAUUAUAUGCUA